AUGGUGCUGAAAUGUUACCGAUGUGACCAAGCCAGUCAUAGGGCAGCAGACUGUCUAGCCCCUGCUCCUGUGUCACAAGCUCCGCAGUCGAAGCCUAAUACAGCUGUUAGAGAGGCUGAUUUAAGCAAUCUGGACAGCAUGCUGUAUCUCUUGAAAGAUGAAAUCAGUUCCUCAAGGAAGAGGAGGAGAUAUCCAAGACAUGCGGCUGAUGAUGACUACAACAUUGAAGUGCUUCUUGGAGUUGAUGACUCAGUUGUACAGUUCCAUGGGAAGGAAUAUGUUCAGAAGUAUCUUCUGACUCUGAUGAAUAUUGUUAACGAAAUCUAUCAUGAUGAAUCUUUAGGUGCCCAUAUUAACGUUGUCCUGGUAAGAAUCAUCCUGCUGAGCUACGGAAAAUCCAUGAGUUUAAUUGAGAUUGGCAAUCCUUCUCAAAGUUUAGAGAAUGUGUGUCGUUGGGCCUACCUACAACAAAAACCUGAUACUGGACAUGCAGAAUAUCAUGACCAUGCAAUUUUUCUCACAAGGCAGGACUUUGGACCUUCUGGAAUGCAAGGCUAUGCUCCAGUUACUGGCAUGUGUCAUCCAGUUCGAAGCUGUACUCUUAAUCAUGAAGAUGGCUUCUCCUCAGCAUUUGUUGUAGCCCAUGAAACUGGACAUGUAUUAGGCAUGGAACAUGAUGGCCAAGGGAAUCGAUGUGGGGAUGAAGUGCGGAUGGGAAGUAUAAUGGCACCACUGGUCCAGGCUGCAUUCCAUCGUUUCCAUUGGUCUCGAUGCAGCCAACAGGAACUGAACCGAUACCUGCAUUCCUACGAUUGCUUGCGUGACGAUCCCUUUGACCAUGAUUGGCCUUCCCUUCCUCAACUACCGGGACUCCACUACUCCAUGAAUGAGCAGUGCCGCUUUGAUUUUGGUUUGAGCUACAUGAUGUGUACAGCUUUCCGCACCUUUGAUCCUUGCAAGCAGCUGUGGUGCAGUCAUCCUGAUAACCCCUACUUCUGCAAAACAAAGAAAGGACCUCCGUUGGAUGGAACUAUGUGUGCUCCUGGAAAACAUUGUUUUAAAGGUCACUGUAUCUGGUUAACUCCAGAUAUCUUGAAGCAAGAUGGAAACUGGGGAGCAUGGAGCAAAUUCGGUUCCUGUUCCAGAACUUGUGGAACAGGAGUGAAAUUCCGGACACGUCAAUGUGACAAUCCACACCCUGCUAAUGGAGGCCGCACAUGUUUUGGGCCAAGCUAUGAGUUCCAGCUCUGCAAUAACCAAGAUUGUCCUGAUGAUCAUGAAGACUUCAGAGAGGAGCAGUGCAGGCAGUGGGAUCCCGUUUUUGAAUAUCAAAAUACGAAGCAUCACUGGCUCCCAUAUGAACAUACUGAUGGUUACCUCAAGAUGUUUGACAUUCCAGCUGGUGCCAGGCAUUUACUUAUACAAGAAUCUGAUGCUACUGUUCAUAAUCUUGCGAUCAAGAAUCGAGAAACAGGGAAAUUUAUUCUAAAUGAAAACAAUUACGUGCCAGACUCCAAAACUUUCAUAAACAUGGGUGCAGAAUGGGAGUAUCGGAAUGAUGAGGACAGGGAAAUGGUUCAAACGAUGGGUCCUUUACGUCACAGCAUCAGCAUUUUGGUAAUUCCUCAUGGUAACGGGAAGAUUUCAUUGACAUACAAAUUUAUGAUCCAUGAAGAUUCUUUAAAUGUUGAUGAUAACAAUGUCUUGAAAGAUCUUGUACCAUAUGAAUGGGCUCUGAAAAAAUGGACCCAGUGCUCAAAACCUUGUGGAGGAGGGUACCAAUUCACAAAAUAUGGUUGCCGGAGAAAGAAUGAUCUGAAGAUGAUCCGUCGCAGUUACUGUGAGUCUAUCUCAAAACCCAGGCCCAUUCGCAGAAUGUGCAAUCUCCAGGAAUGUUCCCAGCCAACAUGGGUGACAGGUGACUGGGAACCUUGCAGCAAAAGUUGUGGGAAAACAGGAUAUCAGGUGCGUUCAGUACGAUGUAUCCAAACAUUGCACGACAACACAAGCCGUUCUGUCCACACCAAAUACUGCAGCAGUGAUCGUCCGGAGGGCAAGAGGGUUUGCAAUCGGGAACUUUGCCCUGCACAGUGGUGGAUUGGACCCUGGUCACAGUGUUCUGUAACCUGUGGUAAUGGCACACAAGAAAGGCCAGUUCUCUGCACGACAAGAGAAAAUAUCACUGGCUUUUGUAAAGAAGAUAGGCCAGAGACAACAAGACUCUGCAGGCUACCUUCAUGUUCUAAAAAUUCAUCAGAUACAUCCAAGAAGACCUAUAUGAUACAGUGGCUGUCAAGACCGGACACAGAUUAUCCCAUCCAGAAAAUAUCUUCAACAGAACAUUGCAAAGAAGACAGAUCAAUGUUUUGCCGUAUGGAAGUUCUCCACCGGUACUGUACCAUUCCUGGAUAUAAUAAACUGUGUUGCAAGUCUUGUGGUAUGUACGCUAAUGAAACAGAACAUGGCAACUCAACAGUUAAUGAUAUUGAAGAGGACUUCACUCCCACCCUUGCAACAUCUGUUGAAGAUCACAUACCACAUAGAGCAACAGGUCCACCAGAUGUUGCUAUGGUAAAUAUCUCCAGUUCUAAUGUGACCAUAGAGCAGCCAGAAGGCAACACACUGGAUGCACCCUAUAAAAUUCAUGAGAUGGAAAAUGAAGUGCCACAACACAACAUCAUUUGGAGGAGGAGACCACCGUAUGAAAGGACAAAGAACCAAAGAAUUCAGCAGCUGAUUGCAGAAAAAAGGAAAAAAGGAAUGCUCAGGGAAUUGCGUUAAAUUGAAAAUAUAUAUUUUCUCUCUUAUAGAGAUGUUACAGUACUGCAGUAAUGCUCA